CUAGGGUGGCAACAAGAGAAGCAAAACUAAAAGAGGGUAAAAAUCAAUAAUGGAGUUGUUUGUAUAACAUCACUCAGAAGAUCUGACAACUUGAAGAUGUGUGGGUGAGAUAAAAGGGAGAAGACAAGACAUAAACCACAUCGGAAUGAGGAAACAGAUGAAAGGACAAACCUGAUUUGUAAACUGAGGCAUAAACAAGGAACUAGCAAUCUUUCAUCAGCUACUUUCAAUGUUAUUAACUCUAUCAUAGGAUCUGGUAUGAUAGGGCUCCCCUAUUCAUUGAAGCAAGCUGGCUUUCCAUUAGGAAUAAUGCUGCUAUUGGGUGUUGCAUAUAUCACAGAUUAUUCUAUUAUUCUGUUGAUUAAAGGAGGGAAGCUGUCUGGAACCAACAGCUAUCAAGCACUGGUCAAUAAAACAUAUGGUUUUGUGGGACACCUAAUUCUCUCAGCUCUCCAGUUUUUAUAUCCCUUUAUUGCCAUGAUCAGCUACAACAUUGUAACAGGAGAUACUUUGACAAAAGUUUUCCAAAGAAUUCCUGGAGUUGAUCAAGAUAAUUUCUUCUUUGGUCGCCAUGUCAUUAUUCUCUGUGCUACCAUCAUCUUCACGCUUCCUCUUUCUCUGUAUCAAAAUAUAUCAAAACUGGGAAAGGUAUCAUUUAUCUCUCUGAUUUUAACAGUCAUCAUUCUGGUGGUUGGGAUUAUAAGGGCAAUUACAUUCAGUGGACAUGUAUCCCAAACAGAAAAUCCCUGGGUGUUUGCAAGACCAAAUGCCAUACAAGCCAUUGGAGUGAUGUCGUUUGCAUUCAUUUGCCAUCACAACAGCUUUUUAAUAUAUGGUUCCUUGAAAGAGCCCACACUCAGCAACUGGACUCGUGUCACACAUGUGUCUGUUUCAUUUGCCGUGUUUGUCAGCUUAGUGUUUGCUACAUGUGGAUAUCUGACAUUUAAAGGAUAUACAGAAGGAGAUAUAUUUGAAAAUUACUGCAGAAAUGAUGAUCUGGCUACGUUUGGAAGGUUUUGUUAUGGAAUCACAGUCAUCCUAACUUUUCCUUUAGAAUGUUUUGUUACCAGAGAGGUCAUUGCAAAUAUGCUCUUCAGUGGGAACCUCACAACAUUUUAUCACAUUAUUCUGACCAUCAUUGUUGUCGCUGUAGCUACAAGCAUCUCCUUAGUAUAUGAUUGCCUGGGAAUUGUUUUAGAGCUAAAUGGGGUGCUCAGUGCUACACCACUGGUCUUCAUACUGCCUGCAGCCUGUUACCUGAAGCUGUCUGAAGAGCGAUGGAGUCAUUCUGAUAAUCUUCUCUCUGGCCUAAUCCUCACCAUUGGUGUGCUAGUCAUGGUAGUUGGCUUUAUUAUGACAGUCCUACAUCCCCAAGAAUGUAGCCAUGGAAAAGAAAUGCCAUACUGCUUCCUUGGAAACUCCUCUCUCAUCAAUAGUACAAUUCCUUCUCCUCAGCAAAAUCACCAACCAUGAACAGGGAAUACCUCAGCAAGAACCAGAAUGACAUUGAUUGUGAACAGAGCUUUUUUCUAUUCAUUUAUUUAAAGCCUACAUUUCUUUCUAAUACUGGGACUCAGGGCAGCUAGAUACAUACAUUGAGAGCCAGCAUGGUGUAGUGGUUUGAGUGUUGGACUACAACUCUGUAGACCAGGCACAUCAUACUCUCUCCGCCUUAGGGGAAGAUAAAGGCAUACCCCUCUGAACAAAUCUUGUCAAGAAAACCCCAUCAAAGGUUCACCUUAGGAUUGCCAUAAGUCAGAAAUUACUUUAAGGCAUAC